GUCGAAAACCCUGUCGCGUAUGCUGGUCCUGCUCUACGAUAUAUCUUUCAUUUCAGGCGAAAUAAGACUUCAGCGCUUUUGACUAACGAGCUUAUUCUGCCACAUUCGAGGUUUAAUUUGUAGCUCAAUACGACAUUGCCCUGUUUCACUCAGCCGUAAUUGCAUCGGUGUUGAUAUACAUACAUCAUCUUUGCAGGUUUUAAAAUCUUUCAAUUUCAUCUUUGAUACAAUACACAGAAAGAUUCAUAGGCGCAACAUUUUCACAUCAUAUCUACUCAACACUCAGUCAUCUGAAAUACCAUCUUCUUUUCGACUAAUAAUCGGCCCAAAACUCCUUCACAUCCACAACACAUACAAUUUCCAUCGACAAACCUUCACAAGGCCACCAUCAUGAGUUCAACGACGCAGCCAGAAUUUAAUGCCUUGACCAAAUUCUUGCCAUUCUCACGCUUGCCAUUAGAACUCCAAGCCCGAAUUUUCAGAGAAGCACAGCCCGAUCCGAUGGUCAACGGAUUGUAUUUCACAGCAGAUGAAAAUGGAAGAUUCGUUUCUCACCCUCUCAGAUAUGGUGGGCUAAGCAGCUUACUACUAGCCUGCAAGGAGUCAUACGCAGAGACUUUUCGUUCAUUUGGAAAGUUUGAAGUCGUGGCCCCGCCUUCGUUCGUCGAACAUGUAGGAAAGCUCUGCAGUUACUUUCGGCCUGGUUUCGAUAUCCUUCUUGUCCAAGGGAUCAGAAUGCUGCAACUGUACGACAUGGGUGGAAGUUUGUCUCUCGGAAAUAUCACACAGUUAGCGUUGGACGAUAUCAUCUUAGAAUCAUGGUACUGUCCUCGAACGAUCCUGACCGUCAGAUUGAAGAACGCAGCCAAGUUAUACACGUUUCUGAGUAAUCAUUGUCCGGCCCUCUCAAAAUUAUGGAUCAUAGUCGAGACAGAGACUUCUGACGUGGCAUAUCCAUCAUCCAAGCACCUACUUCGAAUGCUGGAUAUCUCAGAUGGAUUGACGGAUCUCGACUUGCGCAUAAAGUAUGCCCCAGGUCUGAGCGACUCACAAAAGAAAUUGCAAAGACUUUAUUAUCGGCUGCAAAUGGAGGCAAUCAAAGAACACGCGGACAUGAUAACUGGAGACUUCCAUCGGUUUUUGAAUACGAAGGAAAGUGAUCCCUGGUCUGGGCCCGGAGAAGCGACUUUAAAGUACUGGAAAACUCGCAGGCCUGCACCCGCUCUAAUGUCCUUGAUUGCGAAAUACGAAAGUGGCAGCAAUAUUUAUGGGUGCGAAGACGGAAAUGGUACGAGCUCGCCCUGGCUUUGGGUUCCUACCUUGAAAGUCAACAUUGCAUGCCAUGCGGACGGAACUCCUGUGCAUAAUUACAAAGGGCUGGCUCAGAUGUUUGGUGGUGAGCCGUGGUAGUCUUGGUAGAAUAUAUGAGAGAGCGCGUCAAUGGCACAACCUCUUCAGCUAGAAGAGUGAAGGAUACCUAAUUGCGAGGAUCGGAAGAUUAGAAAUUCAGAGGCGUAAAACUGACUAGAUGUAUGAAAUGGCGUA